AUGGUCCGCCUUUUCUUUUGGCUCUCAUGGGCCCUUCCUGUCCUGGCUCAAGUCCAGAGCUUUCACCCUCAAGGCAACGAUGAUCUCACCUAUAGCAUCAAUGUUCCUGAGGACACAGCUAAAUCGGGAUCGGGUCCCAUGUAUUUCCAGAUGAACGCUACCCGCCGAGUGCAGUGGUUUGGCUUGGGCCAAGGAACGCGGAUGGCAGGUGCUAAUAUCUUUGUCGUAUAUACAUCUGGGAACGAGGUCACGGUUUCACCGCGGUCGGGUGUCAGUGAGAUUGAGCCUUUGUAUAACAAAGACGCCCAAAUCACGAUUCUGAAUGGGAGCGGUGUGCACAACGGAGUCGUUACCGCCAGUGUCCGAUGUGAUACAUGCAUGAAAUGGAAUGGGGGAGCAGAAAAUGUGCAUAGCUCUUCCAGUUCAUGGAUAUGGGCUGUGAGGUACGGACCGUCACUGAACUCUGUCAGUGUGACUGAAAGUAUCAUCCACCAUGAUGAUCACGGCGUAGUGUCCAUCGACUUGAAAAAGGCGACGGGUGGGAGCUCAGCGAAUCCAUUCUCCCAAAUAUCCCGCUCGACCAUCUCCUCCGGUAAAGAGGAUCCAAGCUUUGCAGCCUUCCAAGACACGAUCGAUAGGAAGAAGACGGCUCAUGCUGUGUUCAUGGUGUUGGCUUUUGUGGUCAUGUUCCCUUUCUUUGCACUCGGACUUCAUAUAUCGCCCUCGCGAUGGCCCGUUAGAAUCCAUGGAACUUUCCAAGUCAUCACUCUGGCACUAGUGAUUGUUGGUUUUGGCCUUGGUAUUUCAUUGGCCCGACAGCUGGAAUUGGUUGACUCUUACCAUGCGAUCCUCGGGAUAAUCGUUGUCACAUGCCUUGUUUUGUUCCAACCGGCAAUGGGCCUAUUGCAGCACCAAUUCUUCCGAAAGACAGGCGGGAAAGGACCUUAUGCUUAUAUUCACCGGUGGUUUGGACGACUGAUGAUACUCUUGGGAAUCAUCAAUGCUGGGCUUGGGUUUAGGAUUGCGCAAGGGCCGCGUGGGGCUAUGAUCGCAACCAGCAUUGUGGCUGAAGACGCCAUUGACUUCGCGACAACCGGUCUACUCCCUACCAACAGAGCCAUUAUGCCGUUACAUACAGUCGCACUAGGUGUAGCACUGACCCCGACUGUUUUUCAGACUCUGAUCAGUCAUUACCUGCAUCGCAAAUCGCGACAUAACAAACCUACUGUGCACAUUACCUACGAUGAAGGUAUCCAGAUCGUUCGUCAAUUCCUAUAUUAUGCAUCCAAACACCCUAUCGAAGACUUCCAGGCAUUUACCCGUCAAUGGGUCCCAAGUCCACAUUGGGUGAGAACGGAAACGGUUUCGAUCCCCGAUGUUUACCUGUCCUCUGCUGCAAGUGCCGUGACAAAGCAGCUGGGACCCAAAGGUGUCAUACGUGUGGGAGGAGAGAAGUGGUGGCAAUGGCGCGGCCCCUCUGAAGAGCUGAAGGGAGAGUGGAUAGAGAUGCGCAGCCAUUACAACCAAACGCAAAAGACCAAUGAGCACUGCAACCGCGUGAUGCUCUAUGUCCAUGGCGGUGCCUAUUUCUUUGGAAGCGUAGACACCCAUCGUUAUAUGAUGCAGCGCCAUGCACGCAAGCUAAAAGGGCGUGUUUUUGCACCGGCUUAUCGACUAGCACCGCAGUUCCCUUUUCCAUGUGGCCUACAUGAUUGCAUAGCAGCCUACCUUUGGCUACUCGAGUCAUAUGAAUCGAAGGAAAUCAUUAUUGCUGGUGACUCUGCAGGCGGAGGCAUGGCUCUUUCGAUGCUGGUUGUCAUGAGAGACCAAGGCAUUCCCUUGCCCGCAGGCGCCAUCUUGAUCUCGCCUUGGGUCGAUUUGACACACUCUUUCCCAAGUAUUGUGGCGGAUAAUCCUGGCGAUUAUAUUCCGUCCCAUGGUUUCCGGCAUAAACCCUCGGCUGCUUGGCCCCCUCCCAACGCGGAUGAUAUACUGAAAAUGAAGAAAUUGUCACGCCAACCAACGAUCACGGCUGAAGAUGUCAACAAGGCUAUUCCCGACGCGAACAGCACUGCUGGAGAGACUGCCAUCCGCGGUUAUACUGUCCAUGAGAAUACCCCACCUCCAUCUGAACAUGCAUACCCUGGUCAACAGCAAACCACAGACCCUGCCACUUUGCAUGGCGAACCCGACAAUAUUCAUGUUGUUUUGGAUGGGCAGACGGUUGAAUUGAAGGACCAAAUUCAGAUGUACACGACCAACCAACUUAUGUCCCACCCUCUUGUCUCGCCCGUGCUUCAACCCUCCCUAGGUGGUCUUCCUCCUCUACAAAUAUUGAGUGGCGGUGGUGAGAUGCUUCGUGACGAGCAAUUUUAUAUCGCCCACAAAGCAGCAAACCCGAAAGCAUACCCACCCAGUGACGUGUACCUCGAUGAGAAUGAUCCUAAUCGGGAGGCUUUGAACAAAUAUAAACCGACUUAUGUACAACUCCAAGUCUGGGAUGAUCUAUGCCAUGUGGCUCCCACCCUGAGCUUUACCCAGCCGGCUAAAUACAUGUUCAGGUCCAUCUCGCAGUUUGGAUCUUGGGCUUUGGCACGUGCGCAGAAUGGAGAGGUUGAAAUUGAGGAUGAGAGUGCCUUCUCCCCUAUUUCGUCAAGCAGCUCAGAAGAUGAAGAUCUUCCGGUGCCUCAAGUCGCAUUGAACGGUUCGCCCAAGGGACCUGGGCCCUCUUCAGUCGGCAAGGCUGGGGAUCCCCUUCCAGCAUUCCAUGAACAUAUGAUACGUCAGCGAAUCGAUAAACGCGGACAUGUUUUCCCGCUAGGACCUCCUUCUUCCUACCCAUUGCUAGAGAUUCCCCCGGGCCAAGUCGGGGCAAUCAAUCCCGAUCUCGUCAAAAAGUGGUUGGAUGCAAAGCACGAAUGGGACAUCAGGUUUGCAAAGGAAAAGCUUCGGGUUCAAAGCCGACGUCUGAAAGAACUGGCGCAUGGCUUCCAAGAUUUUGAUGGAGAAUGUCCUCCACCGAGCUCUUUGGCCGCCCGACGAGCUGCUCCUGGAGUAUUACCGCAACGACAUGCCAAAAAGAAUUAUGGCAUGAUGCUUUGGAGUGGCUGGGGAAGCAAGCAUGACGAGCGCACGAUGGAAAGGGAGGCACAGGCUGUAGAAGCAGGUCAACGUUCCACCCGUCCUAGCGUUGAUGCUGGGCAGGCUGGAACCUGGUCUAGCACCCCGGCGACCAAUCCACAAACUGAAAAGGAGUCAGACGAAGGUCCCGACCGAGACAGAUCGCAGACUACUGGUCCCACAGCAGUUACAUGGGAUGAAAAGGAACACCCCAGUAAUAGGGAGUCUUCCACUGCGCGAAUAUCCACGGACCCUGAGACUGCGUCCCGACCGCUAUCGGAGAAGAGCGCUGCUCCGAUUCUUGUAUUGCCCGAGGUGAAUAAUCACAAAUUCACAGACGAGAAUGCCAGCACAAGAGCUCUCUUCCACGCAGCGGGGACUCUCCCAAUGAAAUCGGAUAUCUCAGCUCACAGCAGGACUCGGCCAUCAUCCGCUGCAGGCUCGGUCGCCGGUCGAAGCGAGAUGGUAUCGGAAACUGCCAGCACCGUUGGUGGCGAUAAGGACUCAGUUACCUGCGCGAAUAUGGCAUCCGAUACUGCCAGCACCCGCGCUGUGACGGGUGCACGGGGUGUUGUGCCCCCGAUGAUGGCUGGUGAGAACAGUCGCCGGUCUACAGAUACUUUGUCUGUGUUAUCUGCUGCUGGUCGUGACUCCAUGUCGCACCGUCCUGAAAUGCCGGACAGAGAGGUGUUCAAAACCGCCGAAGAAGGCUUAUAG